CUCCUUAAACCUCAGCUCACUACCUGGCUUUUAUCUUUAAAGCGCGAGGAGGCCGAAGAGGUGGAAGCUUGUGAGGCCACCAGGAGCCUUAUCGUAUACUUCCGCCUCCAAAGAGAGGAGAGAAGCUCGACCUCGCAGCUUGCUAUGGCAUACAAUCCCUGCGUUUCCUCUCUCUUCCAGAGCUUCUCCUCCGUCCCCUCUCUCGACCUUACGAGAAGACUGGUCCCUGUAUUCCCUUCUCUCCCUUCUUCUCCGUUCGAAAAGAACCAUGUCUGUUUGCUUAGGGCUUCCUCCUCCCCCACUGCCAGGGGCAUCGAUGUAUGCCACUGCUUGACGAGGAGCUCGAGGGGUCACCCGCUAUUCUUGCGCUUCGCCAUCGCCUCACCAAACUCGGUGCUUAGUGAGGAGGCAUUCAAGGGGCUUGGCGGCUUCAAGGGCUCUUCCUCUCUGGAUGAAGACGAAGAGUAUCAGUUCGGGGAGGAGAAUACAGAGGGGGAUAAGGAUGAGCUCGAUGUUUCCAGGCUAGGCUUGCCGGAACAGCUUGUCGAUAUCCUCCAGAAACGAGGGAUUACCCAUCUCUUUCCCAUCCAGAGAGCUGUGCUGAUACCUGCUUUAGAAGGACGGGACAUCAUUGCCCGGGCGAAAACAGGUACAGGGAAGACUCUGGCCUUUGGUAUUCCUGUCAUAAAGAAGCUCACCGAAGGAAAUGAGGGAACAAGGAGACGGACUGGCCGCCUCCCUAGAGUUCUUGUUCUAGCUCCUACAAGGGAGCUGGCCAAGCAAGUAGAAAAGGAAAUUAAGGAGUCAGCACCAUACCUUAACACUGUAUGUGUUUAUGGGGGAGUUUCCUACAAUGUUCAGCAGAAUGCUCUUACUCGAGGUGUUGAUGUGGUUGUGGGAACUCCUGGCCGGAUUAUUGAUUUAGUCAAUAAUGACAGCCUUCAGUUGGGAGAAGUUCAGUAUUUGAUCCUUGAUGAAGCUGACCGGAUGCUUGCUGUUGGAUUCGAGGAAGAUGUGGAAGUCAUUUUGGAAAAGCUACCAUCAAAGCGUCAAAACAUGCUGUUUUCUGCGACAAUGCCUGGUUGGGUGAAGAAAUUGGCAAGAAAAUAUCUUGACAAUCCUCUAACCAUUGACUUGGUUGGUGAAGAAGAAGAGAAACUUGCUGAGGGAAUUAAACUUUAUGCCGUGUCAACAACUUCUACCUCAAAGCGGACAAUUCUCAGUGACCUUAUUACGGUAUAUGCAAAGGGUGGGAAGACCAUUGUUUUUACACAGACCAAAAAUGAUGCUGAUGAGGUAUCACAAGCCUUAACAAACAGCAUAGCCUCUGAAGCACUGCAUGGUGAUAUAUCACAAUAUCAACGGGAGAGAACAUUGAAUGGUUUUCGUAAGGGGAAGUUUACCGUGCUUGUUGCAACAGAUGUUGCUUCUCGUGGUCUAGAUAUCCCAAAUGUUGAUUUAAUCAUCCAUUAUGAACUGCCAAAUGAUCCAGAAACAUUUGUUCACCGAUCUGGUCGAACUGGACGGGCUGGAAAAGAAGGCACUGCUAUAUUGAUGUUUACUAGUAGCCAGAGGAGAACUGUUAAAUCUCUUGAGCGUGAUGUAGGGUGUAGGUUUGACUUUAUUAGUCCCCCACAGAUACAUGAAGUGCUUGAGUCAUCGGCAGAGCAAGUUCUUGCUACACUUCAGGGUGUGCAUUCUGAAUCAAUACAGUUUUUCCUUCCAACAGCACAAAAGCUGAUAGAAGAGAAAGGGCCGGAUGCUCUUGCUGCCGCACUUGCACAUCUCAGUGGUUUUUCCCAGCCACCUUCAUCUCGUUCACUGGUCAGCCAUGAGCAGGGGUGGGUCACAUUACAAUUAACUCGGGAGUCAGGGUACUCAAGAGGGUUCUUUUCUGCUAGAUCAGUUACAGGUUUCCUUUCUGAUGUUUAUCCGGCUGCUGCUGAUGAAGUCGGCAAGAUACACUUGGUGGCAGAUGAAAGUGUUCAGGCUGCCGUUUUUGAUUUGCCUGAGGAGAUUGCAAAGGAACUACUAAACAAACAGUUACCCCCUGGGAACACCUUAUUCAAGAUCACAAAGUUGCCUGCAUUGCAAGAUGAUGGUCCUCCAAGUGAUUAUUAUGGUCGUUUCUCCAAUUCUGAACGAGGAUCCCGCAGUAGUUUCAGGGAUGGAUUUGGAUCAUCUCGAGGUGGUUUUAAGGACAGGGCUUAUAGAGGAUCCAGAAGCCUGGGUGGCAGGGAUUUUGAUAGUGACGAUGAAUUCCGGCGCGGUGGACGUAGCUACAAAACUGGGAAUAGCUGGUCCAAAUCAUCCAGAGGAAGUGAUGAUGGUUUUCUAUCAAGUGGAAGGAAAUCCAAUCGACCAUCAUUUGGAAGCAGGGAGAGGAGUUUCGGAGGAGCUUGCUUCAAAUGCGGCCGAACUGGGCACAGAGCAUCUGACUGCCCCAACAAUGAAGACUAUUAGCCAUGCUUCUGAGCAUCCUAUUUUGACAGGUGGGGAAGAUGACAUCAAUGGAAAAUGCUGUAUCUUGUGUUGCUUUCGUAAAUGAUUUGUUGCAGGGGCACUGCAUUCUUUUGAGAACUAGCUGGUAACACUAAUAUUAAGCACCCACUCCCUGCGGCCCUCCAAUCCUGAAGAGAGCAAGUAUUGUUUAUUCUGUUUUAUGCGCUUCAGAAAUGGAGUUAUACUGUAUGUUUACUAUUGAUUGUAUGAAGAAAAGGGAAGAGCAUUGUAGAAUGUUUUAUGAUCUUAGCCAUAGUUUUCAGAUAUUAAACAAAUAUGGAACUCAAGUUGCUGCUCCUUUUACUGGCUGAUAGUAUUGCUUUUUA